AUGGAGGUGAAUGCUUGGGUUGAAGAUCACACCAGUGGUCUCAUCAAGAAUCUUCUUCCUCACGGAUUCGUUACAAACAUAACCAAUAAGAUUUAUGGAAACGCCUUGUACUUCAAGGGAGCAUGGAAAAGCCCAUUUGAUAAGUAUUAUACAAGAGACAGAGAAUUUCACCUUGUCAAUGGCAAGAUAGUGUAUGUGUCAUUCAUGAGUAGCCAUGAGAACCAACACGUAAGAGCUUAUGACGGUUUCAAGGUUCUUAGGCUCCCUUACCGACAAGGCCGCGAUGAUAUCAAGCGCGAAUUCUCAAUGUAUUUCUAUCUACCCGACAAGAAAGAUGGGUUGGAUACUUUUGUGGAGAGAAUGUCAUCUACUCGUGGAUUCUUGGAUAGUCACAUUCCGAGUUACAAAGUUGAGGUUGAGAAACUCAGAAUUCCGAAGUUUAAGAUUGAAUUCGAGUUUUCUGUUUCAGAACAGUUAGGAAUACAAUCGAUUUCAUUAUACCACAAAGCUCUUGUUGAAAUCGAUGAAGAAGGUGCUGAAGCUACGGCUGCAACUGCUCAUCUUACUAUGUUACCGGGCUGCUGUGCUCCAAUAAAACGUCCUAAAACUAGAUUUUGUAGCCGAUCAUCCAUUUCUUUUCUUGAUAAGAGAAGACUAUACUGUAACCGUUUUGUUCGUUGGUCAGAUCUUUGA